CGAUCUAAUUGGUAAUCUGGCGUUACAUGAAAAUGUCCAAAAUACCAUUCAAGAAUGAUGGGAGUUUUAUGGAAUUGUUCAAGCAAAUGCAAGCUGAACAAGAAAGAGUAUCUAUUGAGAAGCCUGUCAUUCCGAAUGUAGCUUCAUAUAUUUUGUCCAUUUUUCUGUUUAGGUAGUUAAGGUAGAAAAUACGGAUGAAUUUGACAGGUAGCUUAUUCUCAACCAGUAAAAUAUUUGUUUUUAGCAAACAAUGCAAAACGGAGAAUGAAACAGGUAGUUGCUUUGUGUGAAAUUUUUAUCUCUCUAUUCUAUGAAUGGAAUUCUAAGUGCCAUAUUUCCAGUUAUUCCCGAUGAUUCAAAGGUUUUGGUGGCAAUCGAAUCGUUGGUCCUACGUGUUUCUGGUAUGUCCCACAGUCUUUGCGAAGCAGAAAUAAAGAAGUUUGAGGAUAGCAUACAGUAUUGGUUCCUGACGCUCCCAGAGACUAAUGAAUACAAAUUCUUUAGAAAAAGAUUGGCUGAUGUUCGUAAGCAAAAGACACUCAGUAGUUCAGUCAAACCUGAAACUGUAAAUAAUUGCAAAUCAGAAAUUGAUGAAUUUAUCCCCACCAAAAGACGUCGCUCCAGAUGGGACGAAGAGACCAAUGAACCUAAAAUAAAUGGAUCAGUAAAAGAUUUCCCGGAUGGCUCUUUGGCUUCUGCGAUUGCACUAGCAAAAGCUGCUGCAGCUGCUGCAAAAACUCAAGGAACUACUUCUAAUCCAAAUCAGUUCACAGGCGGUGUUGUACUUACACCUGAGCAAGCUGAACAGAUACGUUAUCAAAAGGAACUUCAAGCUAUGCAAGAGUUUAUUUUAGCACAAAAACGAUCAAAGUCUAAAGAGGAAGAACUUAUGAAUCGAAUUGAGGGUGUAAAUUAUGGAAAUAAAACAAGAAUUACGAAGGAUGGUUUAGUUAUCAAAUAUGAGUAUGAUUCCGACGAGGACUGUGAAAAUGGAACAUGGGAGCACAAAUUAAGACAAGCGGAAAUGGAGGCAACUCGAGAAUGGGCUCAGAAAUUAACUGAAAUGGGUCAUGGAAAACAUCAUAUUGGGGACUUUCUACCACCGGACGAAUUAGAGCGUUUCAUGGAAACUUUCCGUGCAUUGAAAGAAGGUCGGGAACCGGAUUUUUCUGAAUACAAACAGUUCAAGUUAACUUGUGAAAAUGUCGGUUUUCAAAUGUUAGAAAAAAUGGGUUGGAAAGAAGGUGAAGGACUUGGCAUUGAUGGUCAAGGUAUUGUUAAUCCAGUCAAUAAGGGGAAUGUCCACGUUGAUGGUGUAGGACUAGGAAUUGAUCGUCCUUCCAAAUUAAUCAAAGAAGAUGAUGAGUACGAUGCAUACAGGAAACGUAUGAUGUUAGCUUAUCGGUUUCGACCAAAUCCUUUGAACAAUCCUCGACGAGACUACUAUUAAUAGUGGUAAAGCAAUGUUAAUCAUAUUUGUUUCAUAACAAAAUAGUGGAGAGAAAACUUGAUCAGUCUGUGAUUUGGAACCAUUUCUUAUAUUAUAAUUAUGGUUAUUAUCAUCAUAUACAUAAAGGUUUCUAAUCAUUAUCUGUCAGUAUGCAGAUUUGUAUAAUUUUAUGGAACCGUGUAUUUAAACCGUUGAUUUUCUUUUACAUGUGUAUAUGUAAUGUCAACUGCCAUAUAAAAUAUAUAAAUACUUUUUUGUGUACAAUAACUAGUUUUGCUUGUCUCUUACCAAUCAUUUCUGCUUGGGCUUGUUCUUGUAAAGAUGAUUUGAUUUCAUAAUUGCUGCAAUUAAUGAUACCGACCGUGAACGGAGUUGUUGACUGUAAUUAGAAAACAAAACCCAGUGUAUGUAUAAUCUGCCUUCGUUUUAAUAGCUCGCGAGUUGCACUUUACUAAGUGCCCCAGGUGGACAACUUCAGGAAUAGCCUGUCAACUUGUGCUUACUUAACUUUUUGAUGGAUUUCUGUAGGGUGUCAGAGCAUUUAUUUAAUACUAGUUUACGACUUUGUAAACUAAGGUUAUUAGCGUC